UGUCAGGUGCUGGCAGCGGCGUGCCCGCGCUCAGUGUGUGUACGACCACCGCGGUGCCCCGCUCGCAUGUGCAUCAGCAUCUUGUUCCUGGCUGUGAGGGGGAUAGACUUCUAACCAGCCUGGAAAAACAAGAGGUGUACAUCAGCAUGGAUAAACCGGACUUGUACAACCUGGGGUGUGUUCCCCUCACGCAACUGGCCGCCAAACAGGUUGACGAGCUGUGGUUGGCCUUCAAUUGGCCGAGACAGCCACUGCCCGUGCUCGACAUUGGCUGCGGGCCCGGUGACGUCGCCAGGAAGGUUUUAGCCCCGCGGCUGCCACCGGGUACGAAGCUGGUGGCCUGCGACAUCAGCACAGAGAUGGUGGAGUUCUGCAGGCAGCACAACGCGCUGCCAGGCACCAUCACGUACGAGCAGCUGGACGUGGUUCAGCCCGACCUGGAGAACUCCGCCGUGUGGCAGUACGCGCCCUUCGGCAAGGUGUUCUGUUUCCUGCUGCUGCAUUGGGUGCCCGACAACAGGCGCGCUGUCCAGAACAUUCACAAGCUGUUGGUGCCUGGGGGAGAGGCUGUCUUCAGCAUAAUCGCUAACAUGGUGUUUUACACAGUGUUUGAAGAAAUGGCGAAAGACUCGCGUUGGGCUCGGUACAUGCAGGACGUGGAGAAGUUCGUGUCUCCGUACCAGCACAGUGAGGACCCAGUGAGCGACUUCCGCCAGCUGCUCCAGAGCGAGGGCUACCAGGUGCUGCGCUGCGACGUGGCGCCGCAGGUGCUCUUCUUCCCGAGUGAGAUGCAGCGUAGAGAUUUUAUGAAGUCAGUAUGUCCAUUCCUGAAACGAGUUCCGGAAGACCAGAAGGAUAAUUUCUUAGAUGAUUUGAUACAGCGUAUGGAGAAACUGAAUGGAUUAUCAAAGGACGUUGGAAGAAGUGAAGAGCCGAAAUACUACUUCCACUUUAACAUAAUGGUGGCUAUGGCCAGAAAACUGUAAUUGGGAGUUUUGCACAACCACUUGAACAAGAAACAAUAUUUAAUAACUGAAAUGACAAACAACACAGAGCACAGACGGAAUUCCCCGGCUAGUCUGUUGUUAACAGAGAAUUAAACUAUAGACAUUUAUAUGUAAUUAUCUUCCCGUAAUCUAUCUGUUUGGAAAAGCCUGUCAGGUUUAAAUGGCACUAUAAGAGUAUCCUGAUUUGUACAGUUUUGCGAUAUUCCUGUCAAAGAUAUCCCAUCUGUGCUAGUGUUCCGUUUUUAAAUACCAGGAUGUCAACAUGACGCUCCCUUGCUCCCUUAAUUCCUUGGCUUCUCUCUCACUUGAACAUCAGGGGCAUAAAUGAUUCGUUUCGCACCUCUGUCGAAAUGAAGAUCUACUAAAGGUUUGCUGCUAUAGUAUAAACACCAACAGAAGAGUAAGCAGAAAGCUUACCAAUCGAACGGAGUGAAGUAACCGAACAGAGAGACUACUAAAGGUUUGCACCUUUAGUUGUUCUUCAUGUCGACAAGGGUGGCAAAAGG